CCAACGUAUUGCGGGAUCAGCUGCACACACUUUCAAUUCAAGGAGGGGAAUAUGAAACCAUGGGAUCUCCCAGUUUCACAUGAUGGAAGGCCUAUAUGAUGAAAGUUGUACCACUUAAUUUACUUUGAAUACCUCAAACGGAUUGAUAUAUUACAUAUUUAUUAGUAAUAUAGCGGUGUGGUUCGGUGUUCGAGGCUGUUUGUUUUGGUUAGCAGGAAGCCGAUAAGAUACUUGAACGGCCUUCAUUAAUCAGGGCAAAGGCCGCCGUCCAUUGAUGAACUACAUUACCCAGAGGCCUUUGCACGAACCCAGACCGGCUAGUUGGCGACGUGGCCUUGCGACGUAACGAACGCGACCGGGUUGAUUCAAAAGGCGCUGACGUCUCCUGACCGGCUUGUGUUUCGAAUCCAUUAACGCUCCAAGAUGUCUGGGAAGAUUAAGAACCGAAGUGGGGCUAACGCCGACCUAACCUCCGGCGGCGUGUCGUGCGAUGAGCGCAUCCUCCGGGACUGCCACCAGCUGUACGCGGACCCGGAGAGCGGCCUCAUCACCGUGGCCCAGUCCGUUGGCGUGACCCUGCUGCCUCCCAGGAAGAAGAUCACCGUCAUGUUGAUGGGAAACCACUCUGCUGGGAAGAGCUCGUUUAUCAACUGGUACGUCGAGGAGCACAUCCAGCGGACGGGCGUGGCCAUCGAGACGCAAGGCUUCAGCUUCGUCACCAGCGGCCGCAAGAGGGAGUCCCUCACAGGGAACGCCACCCUGCAUCUCUACCCCCACUUCAAACCUCUGCAAGAGUUCAAAGGUGUGUCGGAGUACCUGGGCACGGAGGUGUGCACGUCCCGGCAGAAGCGCUUCAGCCUGGUGACCUUCGUGGACUCCCCGGGACUGGUGGACGGGGACAUGAAGUACCCCUUCGACGUGGACGAGGCCAUCAUGUGGCUGGGCGAGCUGUGCGACCUGAUCCUGGUCUUCUUCGACCCCAUGGGCCAGGCGCUGUGCAAGAGAACCCUGAACAUCGUGGAGCGCCUCAACGAGAAGCACGGCGACCGGCUGCACUUCUACCUGAGCAAGGCUGACGAGGCCGGGAGCGAGUCGGACCGCCAGAGGGUGAUGAUGCAGAUCGUCCAGGAGCUUUGUAAGCGACCGGGACUCAACAAGUGUGGCUUCGACAUGCCCACCAUCUACAUCCCCAACCCCAACAAGCCCAGCCGCUGUGUGAACCAGAUCGAGGAGGUGUGUCGCACGGUGGAGAAGACCAUCAACCAGACGGUGCAGAACACGCUCAACUCCCUGGAGAAGGACUGCGAGGUCAUCACCGAGGCCAUCGCCGACACGCUCGCCGUGGACAGGCAGACCGGCGCCCAGAACCGCCGGGCGCGCUGUAAGGGCUGCUUCAUGGCCCUGCUGGGCUUCGUGGUGCCGCUGGCGCUGCUGGCGCUGCUGGUGCUGGGGACCCUCUCCAGAGAGCUGCUGGAGAUGGCCCUGGGCCCCCAGGGCACCGAGGCCCUGUCCCUCUACCUGGCCCCUGUGGUGCGCGGGUUCGAGUCCCUCUCUGUAGAGCACCAGCUGUACGCCUGCGGAGGCCUCGUAUUCCUCUCCUUCCUCCUCCUCAUCCUCGCCCGCUUCUCCUUCAGGACCCGAACCACUCUGUCCGGCCGGCAGAAGAGACAGCUGCAGGAGAAGCUGGAGUACGUGCAGGACGUGGUCAAGAGCAAAAAGAAAAAGUUGUACAGCGAAUACCUGCGCCAGAGUGUCGGAGAUCAGGACAUGGACAUGUAGAGAGGACCGACGCCGCUGCAGGAAACCAUUCCCCCGGGACGGUGGUUCGGUGGGGUCACGGUGGUUCGGUGGGGGCACGGUGGUCCCACUGGUUUAGAGAACCCUGUGGGGUCACGGUGGUUCCACUGGUUUAUAGAACCCUGUAGGGUCACGGUGGUUCCACUGGUUUAUAGAACCCUGUGGGGUCACGGUGGUUCCACCGGGCUUAGAGAACCCCUUAACGCGCUGACUGCCAUCUUUAGAAUAACUCUUGGUCAGAACGUGGAUGUAAUUUGUGAGUGACCCGGUAACACUAUAGGCCUUUGGUAACAGUGCUGUCCAUACUGUAAUGUUCAUCUGCUCCUUUAUGCAAUCGCUGUACAACUCAAACCAUGCAGUGCUUCAGGAUUAGGGUUAUUCUGCGUUUCCUGUUUUAGCACUUCUUUUUUUUUUCACAAGGAUAGCCUUUCUAACUUAACUAUUUUUGUUAAUCAUUUUUAAAAACGGCAUUUAUACUAUUUUCCAGUGUCAGGAUUACAGGAUCACAGAACCACUUAAAUAUCUAUUUAAAUAACGUAGCCUAUUUAUACGAUUACAGAUGUUGUAUUUUGGUGAGAUGGCAUUUAGCACUGGUAUCCUUGAGUCACAUUUUUCACAAUGUGCAGUUUUUUUUUUUUAAGAUCUCCAGCAUUUUAUAUUGUAUGUUUCACACAAGUGGACCGUUUGUCAAAGAAAUAAAGUUUGUUAUAAGUGGACCAGCAUUCAAACGCAUUCAGAGGGUAAUUAUGUACACUGAUAUCAUUGUAACAUGUUUUUUUCUGUUUUAGCUGACAAAAAAUGUAAAAACUUUUCUAUUUCUUUAACUACAUUGUCCCCGCCAUUUGUUAAAUUGAUUUGAAUAAAGGCACAACAUUUAAUAAAGACGGUUUUGGGUUUCUUU